AAUACACUUUUGGCAUAAUAUUGCUCGAUUAUAUUUACAAUGAGAAUAGCAACAUCUUUGCCCAUGCCAUCUCAUUUUCAUCACGAGGCAAAAUUAAUAGGAAGUCAUCAUUAAUUUUAAUUUCUUCAUGGAAAUACCAAGGAGUUGAUCUAAUGGUAGAUAAACAUGUCAAUAGAGGACGAGAUAUGGGAUCCAAAUGCACUUCUUGUUUGCCCCUAUGAUGGUUCACACAGAAUUUGCGUACAACGCUUUCAGAGGCAUAUUAUAAAGUGUCGAAAGAAUCAUGGGGACAAAGACACAGUAUCAUGCCCGUAUAAUGCAACACAUAUCCUUUUACAAGAUCAGCUUUCUUCGCAUCUUGGAAGAUGUCCAAACAGAGUUGCCAUUGAUGCUGAUGUAAUUCAAGCACAAAACGAAGAAACUGGUGAAAUUUAUAAGCUAAUGGGACAAGUUGGGUUACCUGAAGUAUCAUGGAUCUGUCCUCCAAAGUCUGAAAACUGGGAUUUAGAAGCAGAAAAUCACGAAGCAGAAAUAGUCAGUAAAAGGAGAGGAAAGAAAACUCAGCAUGACAGAAACAAUGUCUUAAAUAAGAAAACUAACUCAAAUAUUGGGGAUGAUAGACCUUACAUAAGGAUGGCUGGUCGUGGCUUCAACUUCAACUUUGACGAAGGUGAAAGUACUCCAAAGCGUGGAGUUGGUAGAGGCAGCGUCUUAAAAUCUGUUACCAGGCCUGGAAAUUGAUAGAUAGAUUCCCAGUUUUUAGUUUACAGAGUAUUUGGUUUCGAAUGUUCAACAAAUGUUGUUUUUUAAACAUGUUUGUUUCUGUUUCUGUUAGUUUUCUGAGAGUAAACUCGUGUUUCAAGCUUUUUCAGUGGUACCACGGUUUGUAUUCCAUCGAAACGGUGUCCUCUACGUGAUGGACCUUGCGGUGAAUGUUUUGUUCCCUCCCAAGAGAAAACUCGAUCUUUUAUUGCGAGUUCAUGUGUUGUGUUAAUAUCUUGUAGCUUUCGACAAUAAUAAAAUACUUAGAAUCCUUUAAACAGUGGUUUUCAAGACGCACAAGAUUCACUAAUACUAUAAGGAAGUCAUUAUUAUAUAUGUCAAGGUCUGCUGAGUUAUAAUACCCUAUGACCUACCCUGCUCCAUAUUCGUAUAUAUAAUCGUCUUUGCUUUAUUGAGUAUAGAAAAUCUCAUUACAAAUAUGGUUACAUAGGAAUCCAGCAUAACAUUUACACAAAGUACGAAAAGAUUGCACGGGAAGCUCAAGAUCUGGUAUAGCAUUUCAGGCGUCUUCUCUAAAAAGGGAGCAGUUUUACGUUCACUUGUUCCUUUCCAUCGAAGAUGAACAUAUUUUCAUAAGAAACCCGAGAAUGUAAAAAGCUCUUGGUACUGGCAAAGAAAAUUGAAAAUAUUUUCGAACUUCUAUUUAUCACAAAGAUAAUAAUACUGCGCUUUUCUUUUUUGUAGAUGUUUCUGUUAUGCCAACUUUUACAAAUUACGUCAGUUUUUAUGAAAAAAUAUGUUCUUAUAGAAAAUGAGAGAUGACACCAAUCUAGAACAUUUUACUACCUCGCGCAUUUUUUAAUAAAAUCUAGAAGUAUGUAGUUAUGUUAAAUAUCAUGUUAGGAAGUCUUCGUCAUUCAUUUUAAUGUGUUUUUCUCAUUCUUUUCACCUUGAAAUUUAUAAUUGUUAUUUCCUUUAAAGAUAUAUGUAAAUUUUUUUGUUUAUGAACAAUAGCGGUAUUUUGAGUAAGAGUUUAUGAAGAGAAGUAUUUGUAUUUUAGGUUUUGGUUUUUGUUAUUCAGAGUUUUGUUUGAAAUUUGAAA